AUCCCUUGGCUAAGAAAAGAACUCUUUAUAAGAUGGAAAAGUAUCAAAAUUUACAUAAUUAAUAAUAAAAUAAAAAUUAGAAAACCACUUCAAUAGUUCAAUAACAAUUUUAUCACCACAUUCAUUCUAUGAAUUUUGAGUAGCAGCAAUGUUCUGAUUCUGUUUUUUCUCACACGGAUACAUUCUAGUUUUCUCUUCUCUUCGUGUUUCUAUGAUUUUCAGCUUAUUGCUUUCUACUCAACACACCAAAAUUAGCUACAUGAUAUCAUCACCUAUGUACUCAAUAUAGCUCUUCAGUUGUGGAAAAAGUAUUAUACUUCUAUCUUUGAGAUUUCCUUGGAAACAACAUGAUUGUGUCAGCUCUUCUGACAUCUGUUGGGAUAAACACAGCUUUGUGUGUGUUGUUCUUGACACUGUAUUCUAUAUUGAGGAAACAACCAAGCAAUUAUGAAGUUUAUGUGCCUCGUUUGCUUGUUGAAGGAACUUCUAAGAGGAGAAGUCAUUUCAAUUUAGAAAGACUUAUACCUUCUACUGGUUGGGUUGCUAAAGCUUGGAGUCUCACUGAGGAGGAGCUUUACUCAUUAUCAGGAUUAGAUGGUGUAGUUUUUAUGCGUAUCAUAACAUUCAGUGUGAAAAUAUUUACUUUUGCUGGGAUUAUUGGGAUCUUUGUGCUUCUCCCAGUCAAUUGCUGGGGAAAUCAGCAACAAGAUAUUGAUGUUGGUAACUUCACCAAUAACUCCUUGGAUGUGUUUACAAUAUCAAAUGUAAACAGUGGCUCUAGCUGGUUAUGGGUACACUUCUGUGCUGUAUAUCUUGUCACUGGAUUCAUAUGCUUACUUCUUUUUUAUGAAUAUAAAGACAUAUCUUCUAGAAGAAUUUCUUACUUUUAUUCAUCCAAACCACAGCCACAUCAGUUCACCAUUUUAGUUAAUAGCAUUCCAACUUCUUCCAGCAGCAUUAGUGACAGUGUUGAGAGUUUCUUUAAAGAGCUUUACCCUUCUGAUUAUCUGUCACAUGUCGUUGUUCGUCGUACAAGCAAAAUCCGAAGACUCCUGAAUGAAGCAAAAAAUAUGUAUAGAAAGGUUUCACAAUCGCGACCGGGUCCCACUCAGCAAAAGAAUAAACAUGGUGGCUUUUUUGGAACUUUUGGCCAAAAAUAUAGUCAUAUAGAGCGUUACCAAAAGAGAUUAGAGGACAUUGAGGAGAAUGUAAGAUUGAAGCAGUCGGAGGCUUCAUUGGCAGGAGAAGUACCUGCUCGAGCUGCCUUUGUAUUCUUCAGGUCUCGUUUUGCGGCUGCAACUGCUUUCCAUUUGCAGCAAUCAGUUAAUCCAACCCGGUGGAUUACUGAGUUGGCUCCGGAACCUCGAGACAUUUACUGGCCUUUCUUCUCUCAGUCAUUCAUGCGAAGAUGGAUUUCUAAGUUGGUAGUUGUACUUGUGUGUAUUCUUUUCACUAUUAUGUUUCUUGUACCUGUUGUAUUUGUACAGGGGCUUACCAACUUGACUCAAUUGGAAAAUUUGUUUCCUUUCUUGGAAAGUAUACUUACCAUAAAAUUCGUCAGCCAAAUAAUUACCGGAUAUCUUCCGAGUCUCAUUCUUCAGUUAUUUCUGCAACUUGUGCCCCCUGCCAUGGACUUCCUUUCCACUAUUCAAGGAUACAUCUCGCUCAGUGAUAUAGAAAGGAGUGCAACUACUAAAGUGCUGUGGUUCACAGUAUGGAAUGUUUUUUUCGCGUCUGUAUUUUCUGGAUCAAUUAUAUCUAUGAUGUCUAUCAUCCUUGAUCCUAAGAUCAUUCCUGGGAAGCUGGCGAUCGCGGUUCCAGCACAGGCAUCAUUCUUUAUUACUUAUGUUGUUACAUCGGGAUGGACAAGCGUGUCAUCAGAACUCUUCCGAAUAAUUCCCUAUAUUUUCAAUUUGAUAACAGGGCUAUUCACAAGUCCAGAUGAUGAAUUUGAUGUUCCAUGUAUGCCAUACUACAGAGAUGUUCCAAGGGUCCUUUUCUUUGGACUUCUUGGUAUUACAUAUUUCUUCCUAGCUCCGCUAAUUUUACCAUUCGUUUUGGCCUACUUUUGUCUUGCAUACAUCAUUUACAGAAACCAGUUUAUGAAUGUAUAUGCACCAAGGUAUGAAACUGCAGGAAAAUUUUGGCCUAUUGUGCACAAUUCAAUGAUAUUUUCUCUAGUACUCAUGCACAUCAUUGCAAGUGGAAUCUUUGCUUUGAAAAAACUAUCUCUAGCAUCUACCUUGAUGUUUCCUUUACCAGUCGUUACCCUUUUAUUCAACGAAUACUGCCGAAAACGAUUCCUACCAAUAUUCAUUGGAUACUCCGCCGAGUGUUUGAUAAAGAAGGACAGGGAAGACCAGAAUGAUGCUACAAUGAAUGAGUUUUACAACAAUUUGGUAGAUGCUUAUAAAGAUCCUGCUUUGAUUCCUAUUCAAUAUUCAUCAAACAAUGACAGUCUUUCUAGUCCCCUUAUAUCUCAGCUCAAUGCUGAGGAACAAUGUAAUUCAAUAAUAGGGUAGUUGUUGCUUUUGCAAAAAUAUAAUAGAGUAGUUUUUUUGGUCUCUUUCUUCUAUAUGAUUGAGUAUGAACAUUUAUAUUUCAAGAGCAAUGGAAUGCAAAAGAUGCUUUAUUGUAUGCCUAUGUGUGAAAAUUGAGUUCCAACAUUUUUAUA